CAUUUCAUAAUAAUAGUCAAGUCAACAAAAGUCAGAUGUUUGCUACUUUUUGUGUUUUGGACUAUGACCUAGCUAUUAUUUAAUUGUUAAUAUUGCAAAUAAUUAAGCGGUAUCAUGGCGCAACCACAGCGGAAGGCUGUUUUGAACCUUUAUAAAACGUUGCUGUUUUUGGGACGCGAUUGGCCUCAAGGUUAUGACUUAUUUAGAAAACGACUGCACAAAGUUUUCACGAAGAAUAGCGAAGAGACCGAUCCGAAGAAGAUACAAAUGAUGGUAAAACAUGGUGAGUUCGUCGUCAAAGAAAUAGAAGCUCUUUACAAACUUAAAAAAUAUAGAACUAUGAAGAGAAGGUAUUAUGACGAGCAGUAGUUCCAGUUGUCUAAGCACAGGUUUUACCCAUAAUUUAAGAACAAUUUGUGGUAUGUAUAUAUUAUAUAUACUAGUUAAAUCUUAGGGGACCACAACUGUAAGUGUAACUAAACAACUGGAGGAUCAAUAAAAACACACAUCUAUGUAAUUAUGUAUUAUAGACAUUCUUUAUAGUUUACAUAAUUCAUUACUAUUAUAAACUCUAUUAAAAUUAAAAUGUGUAAAUUAAAUAAAAUACCUAUCAAUUUCUUAAUAAACUGUAACAUAAUGUUAUUCAGACAAUGAUUUUUAUUUAGUGGCAAGUGAUAUGAUAAUUUGAUCAAUCAAUCAGAAAUAUAUACAUACAUUAGAUCUACGAUAACAAUAUGACAUGUAAAUAAAAAUAUAUUUAAUGUGCAAGAGAUGGUCAAUGAAUAUACAGAUAAACCCUGCAUUAACUUAGUAUAUUUCCUAAACUUUAAAAAAAGUAAUAUGGCGGGUACAUCGCAUUAAUCCUACUGAAUCAGCAACUCGUAAUUUUAAUUAAGUUUUAACAAACAGUAAUCGAUACAACAGUUUAAAACACCAAUGCCAACUUGUAGAAUGUUCGCAAUUCAUCACAAACACCAAAAAGACACAAGCCUUACAACUUUAUACAAUGUUUUUAUGUAAGAAAAGAAUUAGUUAUAUCUGUGUAUAAAUAACUGACAAAUAGCUUCGAUGUCCGUAGUCAAUAUAUGAAUCUAAAAAUUUUGAAAAUGGAGUCUAUUUUGCAAGACUUGUGCCGCUUUAGUCGAUACUUAGAGUGACUUGUUCAAAUACAGACAAGAUGCCAUGUGCCGUGUCUUACAGUAUAUUCUAGCGUUUAUUCACAUAAUACGUGGCAUUUCGUCUUAAUAUUAUAAAAUGUUAUCAUUAAAUAGCAUUUGGAAUGUCUAUAUUGUCAAUACUACUGAGGCCCGGCCGCGUGAUUGUUGCGGCCUGAGAUAUAUAAAGUACUUAGUUGAAUUAUAUGUAUUCCAACAGAUUCACAGCACAACAUUUAGCACAAUCAAUUACACAUGUUUCCUAAUUAUUAUUGCGAUUAUUAAGGAAGAUUAUUAAAUUGUGAUAGAUUAUGAAGGACUGUAAAUGUCUAUUGGCAAUGAAUCUGUUGCAAUGUGCUAUGAGUACAAUCUAUAAUUAUACAUACAUAUGUUAACAUAAUUAUUAUUAUUGUUAAAUACCGAACUUGAACAAGUCUAUACCUACUUGUUUCGUGUUGGUGCACUUCUAAUGUUAAGUACUUGAAGCCUGACGCCAUUACUCCUAUACAUACCUAGAUAUCAUAUCGUGAUCGUGAAAUUUAACAUGUGAUUACAUUAUAUACACAAUAACACAUAGGAUUGAGAUCAACAACAGUCAAGCUUUAGCUAGGUAGGUAUAAUAGAUAGAUCGUUCAUGAGGGAAGUAUAUAUGUAUAUAGAUAAUAUUUUAAGAAACCGCGAAAAGAUAUUGAAAUGAAUAUAAUUUCUACUAAGCGGCAGUCUAUUCACGAUGUAUCAUUAUCGUAGAGACCCAAUACGAAUAAACGAUUUGAAAUUA